AUGUUGCCCAUGCGCAAAAGCGCCAUGUUGGAGGAAAUUGCUGGGAACGAGAAGCGCUGAUACAAAUCCGUGUUUUGUUAUCCAAUUUAUCUGAUGUUUAUCUACGUUUAUUUUGAAAUUCAAAUGAUUUCCGUAUGUUAUUUUAAAUGAUCGAACAAAGAAGCACGGACGAUCAGCACAAUUCGAGCGCAAAUGCAAGAGCAGAAAUACCGCGUUUGCAGGCCCUUGAAGCGGUGGGUUUUGAGGGCACAGCAAGUGUGACUAUCCAUUUAAUUUUGUUCUGGGAUGACUUGGACAACUAGACAACCAGAGUGACAGUGACUGGAGAGGAAACAAACACCCUCUCAUAUUGAAAUCUUUCUUAUGCGUUGCUCCACACUAUAAACAAGACAAAACAGCAACAUUUAUAGUUUGGACAAAUUUAUUUAUUACCUAUACGGAGUAGUAUACUCUAGUGGUCCUCGGGAUGUCUAUCACCAACAUGCCUACGAGUAACGACGCUUGCCUGAGCAUUGUACACAGCUUGAUGUGUCAUAGGCAAGGGGCAGAGAGUGAGACCUUUGCCAAGCGAGCAAUAGAAAGUCUAGUGAAAAAGCUGAAGGAGAAGAAGGAUGAACUGGACUCCCUUAUCACAGCCAUCACCACCAAUGGAGCUCACCCCAGCAAGUGUGUCACCAUCCAGCGGACUCUGGAUGGCCGCCUGCAGGUAGCAGGGCGUAAAGGGUUCCCCCACGUGAUCUACACUCGGUUGUGGAGAUGGCCCGAUCUGCAUAAAAAUGAACUGAAGCAUGUCAAAUACUGCCAGUUUGCGUUUGACCUGAAGUGUGACAACGUCUGCGUGAACCCCUACCACUAUGACCGGGUGGUGUCUCCGGGUAUUGACCUAUCAAGCUUGACUCUUACCAGCACAGCUACCAGCCUGGGACUGAUGGUUAAAGAUGAGUACGACUUUGACGGCCAGCCCCAGCUGCCCCCCAUGGACGGGGGUCACUCCAUCCAAACCAUCCAGCAUCCUCCCUCCAGCCGAGUUGGGCCCCCCUCGGAGCCCUUCAGCACCGCUGGCCUGCUGCCCCUCGCUGAUGCCCGCACCACCUCCGCCUUCCCCAGCAUAUCUGUUGGAUCUGGAAAUGCCACCUCCACCUGGACGAGAAACAGCAGCUUCAUGCCCAACAUGCCUCAACAUCAGAAUGGGCACCUGCAACACCACCCACCCAUGCCUCAUCCAGGGCACUACUGGCCUGUGCACAACGAGCAUGGCUUCCAGCCCCCCAUAUCCAACCAUCCAGCGCCCGAUUACUGGUGCUCCACUGCUUACUUUGAGAUGGACGUGCAGGUGGGCGAGACCUUCAAGGUGCCCUCCACUUGCCCUGUCGUGACCGUGGACGGCUACGUGGACCCUUCGGGUGGAGACCGCUUCUGUCUGGGCCAGCUGAGCAACGUGCACCGGACAGAGGCCAUUGAAAGAGCCAGGCUCCACAUCGGGAAGGGGAUCCAGCUGGAGUGCAAAGGUGAAGGGGACGUGUGGGUUCGUUGCCAUAGCGACCACGCAGUGUUUGUGCAGAGCUACUACCUGGACAGGGAAGCCGGCCGUGCCCCCGGCGACGCCGUGCACAAGAUCUACCCCAGCGCCUACAUCAAGGUGUUUGACCUGCAUCAGUGCCACAGGCAAAUGCAGCAGCAGGCAGCGACGGCGCAGGCGGCAGCCGCAGCUCAGGCUGCCUCUAUUGCUGGGAACAUCUCUGGGCCGGGCUCCGUGGGAGGCAUCGCUCCCGCCAUCAGCCUUUCGGCAGCAGCCGGCAUCGGUGUGGACGACCUGAGGAGACUGUGCAUCCUGCGCAUGAGCUUUGUCAAGGGCUGGGGUCCCGAUUACCCCCGGACGAGUAUCAAGGAGACCCCCUGCUGGAUUGAGAUCCACCUACACCGCGCCCUCCAGCUACUGGACGAGGUGCUGCACACCAUGCCCAUCGCUGACCCCCAACCCUUGGACUGAACCACCAGACUGACCCCUCCCCUGUGACACUUCAGUAAUGAGAGAACUUGGAAUAAGGCGGGGUAGGGGACAGGAGAGACGCCCUGUUUAGCUAUACAAGUAAACAAAUACUUGUUUCUCUCUAUAGGUCGUUCCUCUUCUUUUGCCUUCAUAUUGUCAAGUACGUCCAGGUCAGGACAGAGGCUCUGAUGAAGAAAGGGGGCUACUCUUCUCAAUCGCCCUGGUGCCCUUCACCAGUGAUCCCAUCUGGGUAACCUAUGCAGUGUUUUCCACAAGCACAUGGAGUAUUCAGCCAAAUAGAAAAAGUAGCCAGCCAGGCUCCCCUGGAUUUUUUUUUGCAGAACAAGCUCUAUUUUGGUGGUCUCUGAUACAUUCUAAUGCUUUGAUUUCAUACAAAAUACACAGCAAAAUGAUUGCAUACUUUGAGGUUACCUCCCAGAUUGGAAAAGUGUUUAUAAUUUAAAUGACUGAAUUUAAGUAUUGUUAGUUGUUUAGGAUAUCGAUCAUAUGAUCAGGACUAUUUUCUAAGUAAGAACAUAAAACCUCUCAACAUUUAACCUGCCUUCUCUUGAGCUUAAAGUAUUUUACUGCAAGAUAUGAAUUGCCACAAUUGUUUGUUCUUCAGAUUAUAUUUUAUUAAAACAGAAAAAUGAA